AUGUCGAAUGGGCAUGUGAUGACCAUGAAAGAGACAAGCAACCACCCGCAAAAUGUGAUUGUCUGCGACUCUGCUAUCCCAGCGCCCAUGAAUGUUUGCAACAUUGCAGGCAUCAUUAACGGCGCAUGGGUCAGAUCAACGGUAGUCAUGCGUAGGCAUCACUACAUGCCAGUGUUCCAGCGCGUGACUGCACCCAAUCCCCCCGUGAAACGGUCCAAAGGAGGGGUUGGUUUCGAACCUUGCUUGUUGAUUUUUUACGUGGACGGGGAUGAGUCCGUCGAUAUGCACAGGACAGAAAUGCAGAAGUUUCAGAAGGUUUAUGCGAAAUAUAAGUAUAGCCUGGACGCUGAUGUGGCAGAGGAUGCUGCUGAGCCCGUGGAUCAUGGAACCUCGGGGAAAGGGAAGAAGGCUGCUAAGAGAAGUGGAAAGAAAUUGAUCAGAGACGCUAUCAGCAAUGUGCAAAAGAAAAUCAGCGAGUCAUCGUUGAUUGCAGAAGGUGAUGGCGAUAAGCUUGAGGCACGUGCUGAUGGGAAAGGCUCCACGCCAUCAUCCAUCAACACGGCUACUCAGAAAUUCGCACUAGGUGGCCGAGUGACCAACUGGGUCUCGGGGGUCAGGCCUGGACAGUUGGAGUCAGUGUCCCGCCAAUCAUCCUGCCAAUCCAGCACUUCAACCCGAGCACCUCCAACGACAAUUUUCUCGCAUGACACUGCUUCCUCAGCAGCAACCUCGGCUGAUCAGCCUCGGAUUCAGACUAAGAUUCCCCUGCCCCCAACUCAAGUUGCUGAUUGUAUCCCAGAUGAUGACCUUACUGGUGGCUUUGCGGAUGAGAUAGACGAUUCAUUGGAGCGUGAGGCUGCUUGCCUGGAUAGCAAGCAAAAGAAGGGGAAAUCUAAGGUAGCCUCAAUUUUUGACGAGGACUCAGACUGCGGCGGGCCCAAGGCUCCCUUCACACAAAUACCACCAAUAGAAUUCGACUCGGACGAUGAACUCAUGGAUUCAUUCACGCAAGAGGAUGAAGACUUGCAGGAGCCUGAGGCUCCAUUCACACAGAUGGACGAUCACAUAGCCACGGCGGCCCUCAAGCGGAAAGCAAGUGUUGAUUCUAUCUCAGACAAUGACGAGCAGUCCCAGUGGUCCAUGGACAUCGAUCGUGACAAUGAGAAGGUUUUGCGCAUGAUGACUUCGACAUCUGCGACCACCUCUAAUGCUGACAUCAAGCCGCCUGCUCCAAAAAAGGUGAAAGUUGAAUCUUCCGGCACCCCACAUGCCCAAGCCCAGGCUCCUGCCCGAAAACGCCAGCAGAACAUGGAUACUGCACCAGAGCAUAUGAAGUCACACGGCGUGUAUCGUACGGCUGACUUGCCUCCGGCGAUGCAAGCAGACCAGCGCUGGGCCAAGACAUUCCUCCCUACCAAAAUGAUGUGGGCAGGAACUUAUGAAGACAUCUGGAGCAUUCCAGAUGACGUCCUGCUCCAUCACGUCCAGCUCGUUUUCAACGUGGUAUAUCACGAACUCAAGAUUGCUGUUGUUCACGGCGGUGUGGUACAUUUACUUACUGCACAGCGUAUUUCCGAAUGGCGCAGUAAUUUUGGUUCAACGGCCAUUGUCAUAAUCGUCAACUUCUUGGCACGCAAUACUGACUGCAAUUCCAGUGAACUCGCAUCUUCCCUUCUCGCCAGCUGGGCAUUUUUAUACGAGGACCCCGACAAUAUCAACCCCCUUACAGCAUAUCGUUCACCAUUUAUACUGCAGCUGUAUGGUAGAGCGCACCUCAGCGCCAUCAAUGGUUAUGUGGAGGUUCCUUCCCUCGACUUAGGAGCGCUUGCAACGACCGGGACAUCACGUGUUCUUGCCCUUUCUGCUGUGGCGCUCGAGUGUGCCCUUUGUAUGUUCUCGCGCAAGGAACUCAACCUUCAAGAGAUUCUGUUGUCUGCAUUGAGAGGAAAGUUUACGAUUAAGCUUCCCAAGGUCCUUAACAAGGCUACAGGAAAAAAAACCAAUGCGCCAUUCUUAUUUUCGGCAGCUCGCUGGUCCAAAGCUACAAAUUUGUACCUCAAGUCUAUUUCUAGCAAACCCACCGGCUACGUGGAGGCUACGGUAAAAAUGGCGCGCGCUAUUUUACAGGACGUCGCUGAAAUACCAGGCUCGCUCAACGACUACGAGGAGGACGAGGACGAGCGUGCUAUGAUCUUGUUACAUCCCCAACACAAGUUAUCAUACUUUAAGGUGGCACAUUGGGAAGACAGCUGGAUCAAAACUGCGGAGCAACUUGUAUGUGAGGAGUUCGAACGCUCAUACUCAUCAGCCUAUGUCGACUCUGACCUGGGGUGCAAGGAGGACGCCGUGGAUCACAAACCUCCAGACUGAAUCAGCUUCGUUCGUAUAGAAAUUGUAAUGACAUAAUUGAUAUGUACAACGCCA